AUGGGUUGUGGAAAACAUGAUGGAAAAGUACAGGCAUUAUCAGUAUUGGAUGCAACAAGUCCUGUAUAUUUGAAGUUGUCAGGAAAUUCGACAAAACUAGCUCAUUGGGAUUCCAAAUUGAGGUUUAGAAAACUUAAGGUAUUUGCCAUGUUGAAGAGUCUUACAUCAGGUGAUGGAUCUGUUUCUGCAAUUGAUGUUAUAAUAAUUGUUGAUAGUGAAUGUGCUUGUCAUCAAAAAGAAUAUGAUAUGGUAUUGGUUGUAUUGGCAAUUGAGGAAGUUAAGAAAAAGAUAUUAGUGGAAUUAGCAUGGAAACACAAAUUGCAAUAG